AUGCCCCUGUUCAUGUGUAACAAAGACGUGUGCGUGGAGGCGGUGACGGGGUCCGGUAAGACCCUCGCCUUCGUCGUACCGGCGAUCGAGAUGAUCUUGAGAAGGGAGGUAGACCUCAAGCGUAACCAAGUCGGGGCCAUCAUUCUCACCCCGACAAGGGAGCUCGCGAACCAGAUUUUCGGGGUGGUCUCCAAGUUUUCGGAGGCGUUGGACGAGGCGAAACCGCUGCUUCUCGUUGGCGGCACGAGCGUGGAGGAAUGCUUGGCAGCCUUCCGGAAGGGCGGGGCUAGCAUCUUGGUGGGGACGCCCGGCCGAGUCGAGGACAUGCUCAACAACUACAACGUCUUCGACACUCGCGAACUGGAAGCUCUUGUUCUGGACGAGGCCGACACUCUCCUCGACAUGGGCUUCGCCGGUACCCUCAACUCCAUCUUUUCCCUGCUGCCCAAGCAGCGCAGGACCGGCCUCUUCUCCGCCACACAGACGCGAGAGACGAAGGCCUUAGCCCGGGCGGGUCUCCGAAACCCGGCAACCGUUUCUGUAGCGGUAAGAUCGAAGUCGGGAGGGGCAGGGGCGGGAGGGGUCCCCGGCCAGAAAACUCAGGCGACGCCUUCUUCGCUGGAAAACUUCUACAUCGUGUGCGAGCCGGAGGAAAAGCUAGCGCAGCUUGUGGGUUUCCUGAAGGCCCGUCCGGAAGGAGAGAAGACUAUCGUUUUCCUCUCGACGUGCGCCGGCGUGGACUUCUUCAGCAAGACUCUGUCCCAGCUGCCGUCCGUCAAGGCGCUGGGGCUCCGCGUGGAGAGCCUACACGGGAGGAUGGUUCAGAAGCGAAGAACUGCGGUAAAAGAUGGACACGUGGCCGCCCGUGGGAUCGACAUCCCCGACGUGGCCUGGAUCGUACAGUUCGACCCGCCUCAAGACCCUAGCUACUUCGUGCACCGGGUGGGGCGCACGGCGAGAGCCGGGAAAAAAGGCCGGUCGCUGACACUGCUAUGCCCCGCCGAGGACGCCUACAUCCCGUUCCUCGCCAAUCGAAAGGUGCCUCUUCGAGAGAUGGAGGCGUUUACCAGUGUGAACGCAUCCGAGAUUUUGGAAGAAGUUAAGGGUAUGGUCAAGACUGACAGGGAUGUGCUGGAAAAGGGAACCAAGGCCUUCAUUUCGUUCGUCAGGGGCUACAAGGAGCACCAGUGCAGCUUCAUAUUCAGGUUCAACGACCUCGACCUGGCCGCCGUAGCGCGUGCGUUCUGCCUCUUGCGGCUGCCCAAGAUCGCGGAGCUGAGCAACCCGGCCGUGGCGGAGAGCUUCGAAAAGGAGAAGACGGUCGACUUCACGGCAAUCAAGUACGCGGACAAGGCUCGCGAGAAGGCCAGGCAGAAGCAGCUUGUCCGCCAAGACGAGGAGAACAAGCAGCGCGCGAUCGAGGAGGAGGAAGAGGCCCGUCGAGCAGAAAAAGAGCUCGCCGCGGGCGGCGGAAAAAAUAACGCCUCCGGCAAGGAAGAGGGCGGCAAGAGGAAACGCAAGGGUCGGCAUCAGCAGCUCCUUGAGGAGUGGGACGACUUGGCCAACGAGGAACGACUGUACAAAAAGCUCAGGAACAAGAAGUUGACACGCGAAGAGUACGACCAUGAGCUCCGAAAACAUUCGGGAAAGAACGCCUUUGGCGAGGAGGAGGAGGAGGAGGAGGACGCCGCUGCUGCUAACGCUAGCAGCGACGACGACGACGACGACAGCGGCGGCAAGCACGCCGGCGGCGGCAGCGGUAGCAGUACCCCGGCCUCGUCUAGCCGGGGGGCGACGGGGAAGUGGAAGGGCGCGACGGGGGCCCCGUGCCCGAAGCAGCGGACGUGGGGUACGGGGGGGGGCGCAAAGAGCGGCGGCCGCGGGGCGAGAGGGAGGGGCAGAGGGAGGGGCAGAGGCAGGGAGCCCACGAGAGGUAGGUUCUGGUGGGGGUGCCGUAGCGGCCAUCGUGUCUAGUCUGUUCUCAGGGAGACUUUCAACACGACGACACGAUUGGUUUCACUCUGAGGAAUAUGAAAUCGAACGGGUUUCUUUUCCCGAAAAACGUUUGGACUCCGGGGUCUCCUGGCUUCACCAGGAAAAUAAUCAUCAGUUAUUUUACCGCACAGGGUGCUUCGUAUAUCGUGUCUUACCGAUCCGAGUCUCAAUCUUCGGAAUACACAUUAUUAUUACAUACCGAACCCGCAGAAUAUAGAAGUACGAAGAAAAAAGUGUUUCGCGCAGUCCAGUACACACGGCCACAAAAAAGCGGAAAUGAUGCCUGCCUGCAUCCUCCUACCUUGUCCCGUGUUUACCCGCAACACGGAGCAACCAAACACGCUUAUUCGCUCCGCCAAGCCAGUACGUUGAAAACAGCCAACGGCAACCCGGCUGACUCUAGCGGUCCCUGCGGUGAUAUAUACAUAUAUGUAUUCCACCCUUCCCGUGGACCUAAAACUUCUAAAAGUCUUAAGCCACCAAGCAAACCUGUUCUCCAAGAAAAAACUUUAUUUUCUCGUCGCGCGGUAACUGACCCCCCGGGGCGGGGCGUUCGUUCCUCGCGGAGUUACAAACAAAUAUCUUACUUAUCGCAGCAACGAGCCAAGGCGAUUUCGCAGUAGCACCACUAACAACAUCAAAUACGACAACACGAAACUGCAACACGGCACUACCGCCCACGAUGCUCCCGGCGACCAUCACAAGUGGAACUUACGACGUACGUACGUACUACGUCCCUGUCUUCAGCCUGAAGAAGCAGGUUAUCAACAAGAGUAGUAGCAGGCUCCGAAGCGCACAAGCAUAAACAUGACAAGGACAAAGAGGGGGGUGGGG